GACCCUGACCCGCGCCUGCAAGCACAGAAGGCCAGACAUCUGAGCAAAUAUAUCUUUCCGUUGCAAUACGGUCUAUCCAACGUAUUCAGUCAGCCGUCAGCCGCUAAAGAAACCUAUAAGCAGCCGAAUUUUGCUGACAGAGAGCGUGAAAUUCAGGUGAGGCUAGGUCUGUCAAGGUACACAGACCUCUUUGGAACAUGCAAGACACCGAAGCGGCUGAAGGAAGUGCUUGUGCUUUUGGACAAGAUGAUCUGGAGACAUGGCAAAUGUCAUUAUAAGCUACUUAGAGACACAGUUUGUCCAUCCAAGGUAGACAAGCUUCAAGUCAUAGCGCGCGCUAGUCUCAUCUUCGCCCAUAGAUCACGACAACGGACAACAAGACGAUGGACAGCAGCAUCAUACUGGUGA